AUGUCCGCACCAAAAGACCUCGCCAUUCAAACAACCCAACCCGUCAACAACAACAACAACAACAACAACAACAACAACGAUGAUGACGACGCCUCACAGGAGAUGCCCCUCUCCCCCGCAUCAGUCAAGAACUACGAAAAGAACAAGUCAAGACACUCAAAAAAGUCAAAAGACAACCAGCUCUUCUCCGAGGAGGACGACUCUGACGACUUUGACGUGGCCUCCUACGAGAGCGACAAAAAGUCAGACUCGGACUCAGACUCAGACGACGAAGAGGGAGCAUUCAAUGCCUCCCACCUCAACGCACGGCUAGAGGCCAUGGACGGCACCACCAAACUCAAGACCCUUGCCGAGAAAAAGAAGGAGGAGGAGGAAGAAGAGGAAGACGAUGAGGAAGACUCUUCGAACGAUGAUGAUAACGACUCGGCGACCAACGUUCAACAGCUGGGUGAAUCGGUUGCUGGUCUGAGACUGGGCACGGGUGAUGGCAGUCUGACGAGCAUCACUGAAGGCACAGUAACAGGAGCAGGAGGAGCUAUCGCAUCAGGAGCGCCAGGAUCCAACAGAAUGUCCAUCCCCAGUAUUGCCAUGGAGGGAGAGUUCUAUCAAGACCCUACUAGCAGCGGAAGCACUAUCUCGCAAGGACAGGAAGAGCGUCUGCAGGAACCUGUCAAGCCGCACAUUGCGCUUCCUUGCCUGGUCGAGACAGCCAAGAACCCUGCCCGGACUCGUAUUACUUUGAAGUACUCUGGGAGCGACGUCCCCCACCCACACAACCAUCCCGAGGACAUGGAAAACAAGGCAUCAACACGUGGACGCAAAAACUACAUGGUCGCAACAGAUCUGUCAGGAGAGAGUUGGCACGCCACCGAGUGGGCAAUCACUACGCUGCUUCGGAACGGAGAUGAAAUGAACGUCGUCACCAUCGUUGAGGAUGACACAAAAGAUAGUAAAGCGGUCAAGAAGGGGGUGCAAACAGAGAUGCGAGAGGACGCGGAAAAGUUGACAAAGAACAUUCACGAACAGCUGGAGCACACCUGUCUGAAGGACAUUACUGUCAUUAUCCACAUUAUUGCCGCCACAAAGUCCAUGGGAGCCAAAGAGCUCUUGGUCGAGAUGAUUGACGACUUGGAGGACCUGUCUACGGUUAUUGUCGGAUCCCGCGGUCGCGGCGCCAUCAAAGGAUUGCUACUGGGAUCGAUCAGUAACUUUUUGGUUCACAACUCGUCUGUGCCAGUGAUGGUGGUGCGUGCACCUAAGAAGCCCAAGGGUAAGAAGAAGGCGAGAAGGGGACGCCCUCAGGAUCAGACACGAGCCGUAAGGGAGGCCAACCUGAAAUACGAACAGGCCUUUGCUGACGCAUCGUAG